UCUGUCGUGUGCUCCAUUGCUCUGCAUUCCAGUCGGUGCGCCGUAGUUGCUGUGGUCUGCCGUGCGAGGUGUGUGCGUGUGUGUGACCGUGAAAGGAAGGAGCCGCGCCGCGUACUGCGGAGCGGCAGAGGCAAGCCUGACCCGGAGUGAUCGCAAGACGACGACGCUCUUCGAGGAAAUGGCGCUUCCUGUCUCCGCUUCGAAAGAGGGCACGCCGCGUCGCUCGUGAAAGGUGUGCAGCACCCCGUGGAAGAAACGUAGCCGCAGUAAACCACAAUGACCAACACCUUGUCAAAGCUGAUCGAAAAGUUCUCCGAGACGCAUGGCGUGCCUAGGGAGCGCAUCACUCGGGGCAUCGCGGCGGGCAUCUUCGCCGCGUAUGUCAUCCGCGUCGGCUACCCGCUCGUCUCGAACGUCGCCGAGUCGCUCAAGAAGAAAGCCCGCGCCGCGCAAGACCGAAUCUCCACCACGAGCCCGGAGAAGACGACGCGGCUCGACGUCGUCGGCCUCGACAGCGUGACGGACCUCGCGUUGGCCGCCGUCACGCCCGCCGAUGCCGUGCGAGCCGACAACAACAACGUCAGGUCGGCGAGCACGCUGGCCGCGCUGCGCGCGUUCCCGGUUUUCAACAAGACGUUCCUCCUGCAGCUCUUCAAACUCAUCCGCAUCAUGAUCCCCGGCGUGCGGACCAUCGAAGGCGCGCUUCUGCUGCUUCACACGCUUUCGCUCGUCUCGCGCACGUUCCUCUCCAUCUACGUCGCGCGACUCGAGGGGCAGGUGGUCAAGUUCAUCGUGCGCAAGGACAUGACCCGGUUCGCGCUGCAGCUCUCCAAGUGGCUGCUGGUCGCGAUCCCGGCAACUUUCGUUAACAGCUUGAUCCGGUUCCUCGAGAGCCAGCUCGCGCUCGCCUUCCGCACCAGGCUGGUCCGCCACGCGUACGGGCUGUACUUCAAGAACCAGACCUACUAUCGCGUCAGCAACCUCGACGGCCGCCUGGAGAACGCCGACCACUGCCUCACCGAGGACAUCACCACGUUCAGCCAGUCGGUGGCGCACCUCUACUCGCACAUCACCAAGCCGCUGCUCGACGUCGUCGUCAUCACGUUCACGCUGUUCCGCAUGGCCCACGAGAUGGGGGCGUACGGGGUGCCGGCGCCGGCCGUCGCAUUCUGCGCCGUCGGCGUGACGGCCCUCAUCCUGCGUAAGAUGACGCCCCGCUUCGGCAAGAUGGUCGCCGAAGAGGCUCGUCGCAAGGGAUACCUGCGCUUCGUCCACUCCAGGCUCAUCGCGAACGCCGAGGAGAUCGCCUUCUACGGCGGUGGGAAGGUCGAGCUGGGCCUCCUGCAGAAGAGCUACCGGGCGCUGGCCCGCCAGAUGAACCUGAUCUUCAACCAGCGGCUGUGGUACAUCAUGCUGGAGCAGUUCCUCAUGAAGUACAUGUGGAGCGCCACCGGCAUGGUCAUGAUCUCGCUGCCCAUCAUGACGGGCAUCACGCCCAGGGUCGAGGACGACGACGAGGAGACAUUCCAGAAUGAUGAUGGUGUGAGCACGAGGACGCAGUUCAUCACGACAGCCAAGAAUAUUUUGAUUGCCGGAGGAGAUGCCACCGAGAGGCUUAUGUCUUCGUACAAGGAGAUCACUGAGCUGGCAGGCUACACAGGACGAGUCUCCAAGAUGCUCUCAGUCUUCGAGGACGUCAGUGAGUGCCGCUACAAGCGUACUCUGGCCAUCUCCAGCGAUGGCUGCUCCAAAAAGACCUUUGGCCUCAAGGCCCUCACCUUCAAAGACGGCAUGCCUGAGAUCAAGGGCACUGUGAUCGAGAGGAAUGGCAUCAUCGUGCUCGAGAACGUGCCCAUAGUCACACCCAACUGUGACGUCGUCGUUCCCAGUCUCACUUUCACGAUGACGCAAGAGAUGCAUCUCCUCAUUACGGGUCCCAAUGGCUGCGGCAAGAGCUCACUCUUCCGCAUCCUUAGCGGUCUCUGGCCACUCUACAAUGGGCAGCUGCAAAGGCCGCCAAACAAGCAGAUGUUCUACAUUCCCCAGAGGCCGUACAUGGCUCUGGGCACCCUGCGGGAUCAGGUGAUCUACCCCGACACCCUGGAGGACAUGAGGAACCGUGGUUUCAAUGAUGGCGACCUCGAGGGCAUCCUCAAGAUUGUGCACCUGCAGCACAUCAUUGUCAGAGAAGAAGGCUGGGAUGCAGUUGGGGACUGGAAGGACAUCCUCUCAGGAGGCGAGAAGCAGCGAAUGGGCAUGGCUCGCCUGUUCUACCACAGGCCCCAGUUUGCACUGCUCGAUGAAUGCACCAGUGCAGUGUCGAUAGACGUUGAGAGCCAGAUAUACCAGGCUGCCAAGGACUACGGCAUCUCCCUGCUCACCAUCACGCACAGGCCGUCGUUAUGGAAGUUCCACACGCACCUUCUCCAGUUCGACGGUGAGGGCGGCUGGCGGCUCGAGCUGCUGGACACAUCGACUCGCCUCUCCUUACGCGAGGAGAAGGAAAACCUGGAGGCACAGCUGGCGGGCGUGCCGCAGAUGGAGAGUCGUCUCCGCGAACUCUGCUCCGUGCUUGGCGAGGAGUCGAUCAUCCUCGAAAACACGUCUGUAGCCAAGCGGCCGCCAUCGGAAUUUGCCACCGAGAACCUCUCGGACUAGCACAGCGACGACUCUUCACGUGACACAAGUGCUCGUCCCCUGGGAAGCCUCCAAGCUCGUCGGUGAUGAGUGCUAGGAAGAGAUCUCCGGUGAACAAAAAAAAAAAGUACUGUUGAAAAGGGAAACGCUGAUUUCUGAGGUAGUCGUCGAUUCAGCUUGGCACGAUGAGACUUCACACCACAUCCGAAUGCCUUGGACUGUGAUCUAAGCUUGGAUAGAAGAUUUUCGUAUUGAGAUUAGGUUUCGUACUGAAAAUGCUAACCUAGACUAUCGAGGUUGCCAGGAAAUAUGGACCAGCCAGUUCCUUACGAGACUCGCAUGCUGUGGCAGCUACGUGAAAUGCAACAAGUCAACUGCCACAGCCAGCUGCCUCAGACAUGACAGACAGUUGUGAGAACUCACUUAGAGCCGUCAACAUGACUGUUUUAUCUGGGUAGUUUGACGAAAGCCUACCGAAACCUCAUGCGUGUCAGUGUGUGUGUGUGUGUGUGCUCCUCUGAGAAGGCAUCUACAGCCUGUGCGUACGGAAGUGCACACCCUUGUAAAGUAUCAGCACGUUGAAAAUGAACUCAUUGAUUUUUGUCUUUGAACAGUGUUGGAAUUGAUAUGUCAAUGCCGUUUGCACGGUUUUGAAAAGAUUGUACGUACCAUUGAAGGCUUCAGGUUGCUUCGAGGAUUCAUUAUUUGGUAAGGAGACACGACCUGUGCCAGUCUUUGGUAGAGCGGGCCAUCAAGCAGUGUGCACAAUGCUGAUAUGUUGUCGGCUAUCCGGUCGGGCAAUUUGAGGACUAAUCCGGAGAAGUUCGGGUUUAGCAAUGUUUGCCAUCUUAUAAUUUAUAGCAUCAUACUUACAGUGGAAGACAGGACACACCUCUACAUCGGUUGAACUUUUACUCUGUCUGGUUUGCCAUGCAAAUUGGAUAGCUUUUAGAAGCCUUGGCAAAAAUGACUGUGUUAUGCCAAGCUUUGGUGUCCACAGCUCAGUGUCUUUCGAGGUUCAGGUAGACAGCUGUGGUGUUUGGUUACACUUGACACCAGUCGUCGCGCGACCAUGUGCAGGUCACGUCGUGUAGUGUCCUCUUUAUGUACGUGUGUGCGGCGUUUUUAAACCGAAAGAGGUUGGUGCUGCUGUGUCAGUGGGGUUGCAGUUUCGCUGGUGCAAACUGUUCCCUAGAUGGGUGGAACCUUUGUCGAACCAAAGCAAACCGUGCAAGAGAAGUGUGUUGAGUUGGGACGUCUGGUAGGUACAUGGGUGACAUGCUUGUAACCUCUGUUCACCGUGGUCAUGAUUGCAUGUUUAGGAACUUAUGUGAACAAAGGGAGCUUUAGACUCACCCAUCGCUGUUGUGGCAAAAAUAAAAGUGCAGUAUAUAGGUCAAUUCACUUUUUGUUAAUGCAUUUCAGUCCUGCCGCUAAAAUAAUUCUGGCUAACUGCACUCACUUUUGUGCCACCUGGGCGAAUUGGUCAUUUCCCUGAUGUUGUGUUGGGUGUGAAAAUGCUCACUUCGUCGACAUGCCCGGCAUGACGAUAGCGAGUUGCCGCAAUAGUGCUGUGUGGAGUGUUUAGUUCAUCAUUUUUACUGAUGAUAUAGUACUUAAUUUUGCUAAUAUAUUCCCGUGUUUGCCGUAUUUAUGGCGCUGAAGCUUCUUUUGCACUGACGACAUUGUUUUCUCAUGUGUCGCUAUUGUGAAAUUUGUGUUUGUAGCUUUUCCCUUGCGUCUAGCAAAGGCUAAAGUUACCUGUCCCACCCAGGGCAGCUGAUUUCUGUGUUCUGUGCUCCUUAUAACCAACAACUGCGUUCGAGCUUGCGUGAAACCCUUCAUUGUAGCUGUAUUAACUUUACAUUAGCAGAAGCUUCCUUUGGUAUGCUGUGCUCUGAAAAGACAUUUUGGCAAGGAAUGUGUGGGCUGAUAGCUCUAGGGCAUAUUACACCUGUGAACAUUCUUGCUUUUUUUUUCCCUGUCCAGUAUGCCAAAAUAUUUAACAAGACCGAAACCUGAAGAAUGCCAUCAAAAGUGGCCCAGCCCAAAAUAUCCUUCCUUGGAAGCAACAUUUUCAGCCCAAAUGCAGCUUGUUUACUCAGGAAAGUCCAUCAAAAACUUGGUGGUGAAUAAACAGUUAACAGAUGAA